UUGAGUGAGGAUUUCUACACUGUCAAUGUUCUUUCGUUCGAAUGAGUUUUACGUUCGCUAACUUAGUGAAUCACAGGAAAAUCGAAAAAAGUAAAUGAUCGAUUUGUUAGUGAUGCUUGUUUAAUAUGACAGUACGGUUAAUUAGUAGUACAUAUGAAGCGAACCAUGAUACUAGUAUUCAAGCUCGGCUUUACCGUCGUAAUUGUUGGGGCAGUUGUGAUGUUUUACGUGCUCAAUUUUAAAAAUCCGGUGAGAAAUGCAAAUGGGAACAUCGAAAGUGAAGUGGAACUUCAACCAAAAGACCCCAAAAAUCAGGAACCUGUGCAAGGCAACAAGAUCAGUGAUGAAGCAGAAUCCAGGAUCCAUAUUGCUGUUGUUGCUUGUGGGGAAAGAUUGGAGGAAACCAUAGUCAUGCUCAAAAGUUCAACUCUGCUCACAAAAUCUAAACUACAGUUCCAUAUAUUCGCAGAAAAUGAUCUGCAUGCACCAUUUAAAAAAGAGCUUGAUGCAUGGCCAGAUGGAGUCAAGGAAAGAACUGCGUACAGUAUUUAUCCUAUUACAUUCCCUGAUGGUGAGAACGCUGAAGAAUGGAAGAAGCUGUUCAAACCAUGUGCCUCUCAGAGGUUGUUUUUACCAAAUAUCCUGGCAAAUGUUGACUCCAUUCUAUAUGUGGACACAGACAUCUUGUUUAUGAGGCCCCUGGAUGACAUCUGGGCAUUCUUCGGCAAGUUCAACUCUAGUCAGAUAGCCGCCCUGGCCCCAGAGAGUGAGGAUGCGGCCACAGGGUGGUACAAUAGGUUCGCUAGACAUCCAUUCUAUGGAAAGUUAGGUGUUAACUCUGGUGUAAUGUUGAUGAACCUAACUCGCAUGAGGAUUGUAAACUGGCAGGACUACAUACUCCCAUACUAUAAACAGUACAAGUUGAAGAUAACAUGGGGUGACCAAGAUCUCAUAAAUAUAUUUUUCCAUUAUCAUCCAGAAAAACUAUACAUCUAUCCCUGUCAGUGGAACUACAGGCCUGACCACUGUAUGUACAUGAGUGUAUGUAAGCUAGCUGAGAUGGAUGGGGUCUCUGUGCUUCAUGGGAGCAGAGGUGUCUACCAUAAUGAGAAACAACCAGCAUUUAAAGCAGUGUACACCGCUAUGAAACAGUACACAUUUGAUGGUGACUUGAAAUCUGACUUAGUAGACAAAGCAAAUGCGCUUUUGAUGGAACCAACAUCCAGAGGAACCAAUUGUGGAAAAGUAUCACAACUAUAUUUUAAACAAUUUCAAAAACAUUUACAUGAUAGAAAAGCACAAGAUAAUAGCCAGAAAAAACCACCUUCCUGAUGUGUUCACAUGAACUUAGCUUACUAGGAAACUUGGAUGCUAAUAUUAUGUGUAUAAAAGUAAUAUAAGGGAUCAAAUGCUAACAUGUAAAAAGUGCAAACGUGUAAACAAAAUAAUUUAAAAAUGUAUUUUAGAAGGUACAAAUGCUGAGAAAACGAAUUGCAAUUAUGUAGGGAAACUGUAGUAGAGAUAUUUGUUGUUAGUGUAAUGCUAAUUUAAAAAUCGAUGAAUACAAAACUUUACUAUUAUUACUUAUUAGAAAAGUAACAUAUGUAAUAAUAUGACUCAAAUAUGUUUCUACCUCAAUUGAUGUAGUUAUACAUAUUUAUACUGUCAUAUUUAAUAGAUUUAUAUUGUCAUAUAUGACAUAUUUAUAAUGUCACAGCCACCAGUAACAUGUUUAUACUGUCAAAGGUGACAGAUACAUGUUGUCAUAGGAAUAUGGUUGUCAAUGUCAUUGUUUAUUUUGUCAUAGGAUUGUGGCAGUGUAUUCUGUCAUGCUGAAGAACAAUUUAUUGUAGAGCAAGAAAAGGUGAUCACAAACCAGUUUUUUUGUGGCCUCAUAAGCAGCAGGCUUGGCUAUUUAUGAAACAUUUAUAUAAACAGAAGUAGCAAUAUAUACAAUCAUUUAAUGCAUUGUAAAUUGUAAUAUGAGAAACCAUGCACUUAUGCGAGUUUUUACAUUGGUGAUUUAUGGUCCAACCAAAAACCAAGCGUAAAGAGGAUAUUUUAUUGUUUACAUUAACUCUGUGUAGUACAAUAUUAAUGUACUACAAUGUGUUCUGUCUGUUUUUCUGUCCGUUUGCCUUAUUUAAUGUUUUUUUAUGUCUCAAUGGACUGUAUCAGAUCAUUGAUGUCUCUAUGUAUACUGUAUUGCUGUGGUGUGGAUAUUGGUCAACUGCUAGGCCUAUUAUAUAAAAUCACAUUUACUGUAUAGUAAAAACUGUCAGGUGGGACAUCUCACAAGUGAAAAAGAAUAUUGAUUGGCUUCAUGUUAAUGGGCUUCUGUAAAUAACACCUCUCUAAGUGGAACACACUAUAGUCCAAAGGUGUUCCACAAUAAAUCUAGAAGUGGUGACAUAUUGUCAU